AAAAAAAAGUUAUGACCACUUUUUUGGAAUUGAUCGUUGUAAACCGCGUCCUGUGGAAGAAGCAACAAGGAACUCUCCAGAAGGAAGUAGAACGUGUCGGCUGUGGACAGGCCGGACGGAUGGGGGAUCGGGGGGGCCUGAAUUACGCCCACGGGUGAUCUGCAUAAAAUCACGGCACAAGCGCGUUUUUUUUAAUGCAAAUCGUGGUAAAUUUGUGAUGUUUUUGCUGCCCCCUGGAGGUCUAUAUGUGCAUGUGACUGCUGGGUGGGCCGGGGCCCCCAGUCCUGCACCGGCCGCGGAUUCUGUCAUCACUUUCUGUCAUCCUGUCCUGGAUCUUCCAGAAAAUUCUCUCCCAACCUUUUUUUUUUUUCUCCUGAAUACACGACCACAACGAGGAGAUGUUUUCCUGGGGCCGUGUGGUUGCCAUGACGUCACAGACUUUGCGCCAAUCAGUGUGUGUGUGACCGGAGCGGCAGAGCUAACACUGCGACCGUCGGUCCGGACGCCUCCACCUUGCGCUCAUACCAGGAGAAGACACCGGGGGCUUAGGGCAUGAUGAGAGUUGUAGUGUAUCUCCUGAAUAAGAUAGUUCCCGGUAUAACGUACGAUUCCUCUCUUAGCAGAAUGGGCCGCUCCGCCAUUAAACGAGCAACCACGAAAAUGCCAAAGAAGGAGCCGGCGGCCUCCAGGAAACGUACCGGGGCCCAGAACACAGACCCCGCCCCCCUGACUCCAGCGUACCAUACAUUCACCGCGGAGGAGACAGACACACUCAGGAAGGGCGUCCUCACCUGGUAUGACCGAUGCAAGAGAGACCUGCCAUGGCGGAGACUGGCCAAUGCGGAACCUGACUUGGACCGCAGAGCUUAUUCAGUCUGGGUGUCGGAGGUGAUGCUGCAGCAGACUCAGGUCUCCACGGUCGUCGACUAUUACACCAAGUGGAUGAAGACAUGGCCGACACUACAGGAUCUGGCGAUGGCGUCUCUGGAGGAGGUGAAUGAGAAGUGGUCCGGGCUGGGAUAUUACUCGCGGGGUCGGCGGCUGCACCAAGGAGCCCAGAAGGUUGUGCAAGAUUUGGGGGGCCACAUGCCUCGCACAGCGGAGGACCUCCAGAAACAGCUGCCGGGGGUGGGCAGAUACACAGCGGGGGCGGUGGCUUCUAUAUCCUAUGGGCAGGUUACAGGCGUCGUAGAUGGAAAUGUCAUCAGGGUUCUCUGCCGCCUGCGGAGCAUCGGAGCCGAUUUUACCACCCCGGCUGUCACCGAUGCUUUAUGGAAUUUGGCGAAUUCUCUUGUUGACCCGAAUCGGCCGGGAGAUUUUAACCAGGCGAUGAUGGAAUUGGGUGCGACGGUCUGCACGCCGAAAAAAGCGCUCUGUGGUGAAUGUCCCGUGCAGGGCCUGUGCCGGGCGUACAUGAAGGUGGAGCUGGACUCUGCAUCCUCCCUCCAGAAAUUUCGGAAAAAAGGAUCGAACACUCAGAAAGGUUCCAUCUCUGACAUUGAGGAAUGUGCUGCAGCCGCCUCCUGUCCGCUCUGCCUCCCGCCCGGUGACCAGUGGGACCGCAGCCUCGGAGUGGCCAACUAUCCGCGCAAAUCUGCCAAGAAACCAUCAAGAGAGGAGCAGACGGUGACCUGUGUGUGGGAGCGAUGCGGAGAGCGGGGGACCCCCCAAUAUCUGCUGGUGCAGAGACCCCAGAAAGGGCUCCUGGCUGGGAUGUGGGAGUUUCCCAGCAUGCUCCUGGAGAAGGCGCUGACUGUGAAGGAACGGGAGGAUGUUCUGCGCAGCCGCCUGCAGGAGGUGACCGGGUGUGAGGCGCCAGAGCAGGAUCCGCACUAUGUGGGGGAGGUCGUCCACAUCUUUUCUCAUAUCAACCAGACGUACCUGGUCUACUUCCUUCGUGGCGUUUCGGUGAAGGCGGAGGAGGUUGAGUGGCGCUCGGCGUUGCGUUGGGUCACCAGGGAAGAGUUUCUGGAGUCGGCCGUCCCCACUGCCAUGAAGAAGAUCCUGAAGUUAUGCGAGGGUCAGAGGUUACUGGGCGAUGUAGCAGAGCCGUCCAGAAAGCGGAAAAAGGACGUCGGGGCCAUCGAGCCGCCCGCCGGGAGAGCCAAGGUGGACAGCAAGCAGAGGUCUAUCCAGAGCUUCUUCACUGCCACCGCCAAGAAGUGACCCAUCGCAACGCUUUUUAAUCCUUUUUGAAGUUUACAAGAUCUCUGCUUGUUGUCAGUGAAUGGGAACCUUCCUGUUUAAAUUCACAGCCUGAAAGAAGCGUACAAGUGGAUACAAUGUAAAAGAUCAGUCACUUCUGGUUUGCAACAAUGUAUCAGCGUACGAUUUCCCCAGCCUGUCACCUUACAGAGGCUGGAUGCAAUUGCAGCAAACCCUCAGCUUUGAAGAGGACACUAACAAGACAAGGAAUUCAGCUUUUAAAUCAGUGUUUUCCCCAACCAGUGCACCUCCAGC